AUGGCAUUAGAAAUAGAUAUAGAUAAUGUAAUAUCAAAGCUAAUAGAAGUUCGAGGCACCAGACCGGGGAAAAAUGUUAACUUGACAGAAAAUGAGAUAAAAAUAUUAUGCCUUUCCAGCAGAGAAAUUUUUCUUAAUCAACCUAUAUUACUGGAGCUCGAGGCACCCAUAAAAAUAUGUGGAGACAUUCACGGCCAGUUUUAUGACUUGCUAAGGCUCUUCGAGUAUGGCGGCUUUCCGCCGGAUGCCAAUUAUUUGUUUUUGGGAGAUUACGUGGAUAGAGGUAAACAAAGCCUAGAAACCAUUUGCUUACUGCUAGCGUAUAAAAUAAAAUAUCCCGAGAAUUUUUUUCUACUAAGAGGAAAUCACGAAUGUGCCUCGAUAAACAGAAUAUACGGAUUUUACGAUGAGUGUAAACGAAGAUACAGUGUAAAAUUGUGGAAAACAUUUAUCGAUUGCUUCAACUGUCUCCCCGUUGCGGCAAUAAUUGACGAAAAAAUUUUUUGUAUGCAUGGCGGACUGUCGCCUGAAUUAAAUAAUAUGGAACAAAUUAGGAAGAUAACCAGGCCAACGGAUGUCCCCGACAAUGGCCUCCUGUGUGAUUUAUUAUGGUCCGACCCGGAAAAGGAAAUAAACGGGUGGGGAGAAAACGACCGAGGAGUUUCGUUCACGUUUGGUCAGGAUGUAGUUCACAAUUUUUUAAGAAAACAUGAGUUGGACUUGAUAUGCAGAGCGCAUCAGGUGGUGGAAGAUGGCUACGAGUUUUUCGCGAAAAGACAGCUAGUUACGUUAUUUUCUGCUCCCAACUAUUGCGGAGAAUUUGAUAAUGCCGGUGCGAUGAUGAGUGUCGACGAGACGUUGAUGUGUUCAUUUCAAAUUUUAAAGCCAGUCGAAAAAAAAAAGGCUGCUAACUGAAAGCAGCAUCAUCCCUGGAGCUCUCAGCAUUUCAAUUGUAAAAUAUAAACUUAUUAAUAUGCCACAUAAAAUUUUGAUAUAUAUGUUUUAAUUUAGUUCACCAAUUUUUUUUUAAUUCAAAUUUGUUUAAGAGAUUGUUUUUGCACACCUGCCCCAUGCACGCAUGCGCUUAUGCACACACAUUCCCGUCUGCGCUCCAAUGCGCAAACGUACGAACAACGCCUACACUCAACUUCCAACGUUUCCAACGCGUCUAUACGCCCAUAUAAUAAGUAUAUAAUUUUUCAAAAUUGUUUACAUAGU